UCGCGAGGCGCCUUCAAAACCUGUCGGGGUAGUGGAGCCUGAGUUUCAGUGCUAAUCCACCAUGGGCCGCAGGAAGGUGGCGCGGGGACCCGGGCCGGAGGGCAGCCGUUCUCGGCGUCCUCCCGGCCGAUCGCUGGAGGCAUUUACGGAGGAGGUGGGCGCGGCGCUGCGUGCGUCCGUGCAGCCAGAGGCGGCCGAGGACCAGGGCGACCCGGGCCCCACGAAGCUGCCCUGCGCCCUGGCCAUGUGGGAGCUCGGCCACUGCGAUCCCCGGCGCUGCACGGGCCGCAAGCUGGCCCGCCUGGGCCUGAUGCGCUGCCUGCGCCUGGGACAGAGGUUCGGCGGCCUGGUGCUCAGCCCCGUAGGAACCCAGUACGUGUCUCCCGCAGACAGACAGCUGGUGGCACAGUCUGGGGUCGCUGUCAUAGACUGCUCCUGGGCCAGACUGGACGAGACACCCUUUGAGAAGAUGCGAGGCAGCCACUUGCGGCUGCUGCCCUACCUUGUGGCUGCCAACCCUGUAAACUAUGGCCGGCCCUGCAGACUUUCCUGUGUUGAAGCUGUUGCUGCUGCCUUCUGCAUUGUAGGCUUUUCGGAUCUUGCUGUCAUUUUGCUUCGUAAGUUUAAGUGGGGCAAGGGCUUUCUGGACCUGAACCAACAACUCCUGGAUAAGUAUGCAGCCUGCCACAGCCCAGACGAGGUGCUACAGGCAGAACAGGAAUUCUUGGCCAGCACCAAGGACAACCCUGAGGAAGAGGAGAUUGAUCCAUUUGAUGUGGACUCGGGGCGGGAGUUUGCAAACCCCAACAGGCCUGUGGCCCAUACCCGGCUGCCCAUGGACACAGAAGACAGUGACAACUCUGAAGAGGACAGUGACGAGUCUGAAGAAGACAGUGAUGCAUCCGGGGAACAAAGGCCUGGUGCUAAGGAUGGAGGUGGCAGCAGCUGUACCCAACAGGUGGAAACUCUGGAACAAGCUGAGGCUAGGGCUCCCACCGAGAUUUGGAAAGGAAUCAAGAAACGACAGAGAGACUAAACGUUGCAGGCAUACACAUUGUUGAAGCUGGGGUGCAGAAACUCAGGUGGCAAUGGAACCAGGGGACAGACAGGUCUGGAAGGACUGGGCUUCUGUCAUUGUGACAGCCUGGCAUCCUGCCUUGGCACUAUUAGUAAAGCUGCAGACUAAGAGCCCCCA